AUGGACCCCAACCCCAUCUCAACUAAAGCCCUCACAGCAUGGCAAAACCACGCAAAAGCAUGGGACGAGCACAUGGGCGACGACGGAAACGCCUAUUUCUCUGCACUCGAACUGCCGAUUCUCGAACGAAUGGUUGUGCGACGCAACGGUGCUCGUGCAAUUGAUCUUGCGACGGGGAACGGGCUCGUUGCGCGUUGGCUUGCGCGAGAAGGCGCCUCGGUGAUCGCGAUGGAUGGGUCAAGGCCGAUGUUGGAGUGUGCUGAGAAGAGGACUGAGAGUUGGUAUCAGCAAGGGAGGUUGAAGCGGGAGCAGAAGAUUGGGUUUGAGGUUUUGGAUGUCGUGAGUCGGGAGGGUUGGGAGAAGUUUAUAUCGAGGGUUUUAGAGGAUGGAUUUGAUAUCAUCACCAUGAACAUGGGACUUAUGGAUAUCUCCGACCUGAAGCCACUCGCUUCUGCUUUGAAGCGUCUGCUAAAGCAGGAUGGCUGCUUCGUGGCUACAAUCCUGCACCCACUCUUCUUCACCUCCGGUGCAGACCGCCAGAUCACUUUUCAUGAGAAUCCAGUGACAGGGCAGCGCGAGGUCACUCGUUCAAUUAUCCUGAACAAAUACCUCGAUGUUCCGCCAGCACGACAGCUGCUGUUCUCCGAGGACGAGAAGAUCCCCCCGCCGUUUUCUUUCCAUCGUCCACUACAUGAGCUUUUUGCGCCUUUUUUUCAGGAAGGACUGGUGCUCGACGCUCUGGAGGAAACUAACUUUGAUGAGUCGUUCGUUGAUAAACAGCGAGAACACUCGUCGAAGAACUUCUUGCAGUUUCCGAAGAUCUUGGGAUUUAGAAUGAGGCGGGCUGCGGUGGAUCUUGCUGUUUGA